AACUCUCGCACAUCCACAUCUCGUCGUCUCGCAUCUAUCGCGAGAGUAGCGCGGUGCCCCUAAAAUAAUGGAGGUCGGUGGGAGCAGCGGUCUUCCUGUAAACAACAAACAGAGAGGAGCGAUGCUGCCCAACAAAAGCCGGGGCGAGUUCACUCGCAACCCGAGGAAAGACUCAGAGGGGCUGUCUGAGUCUCCGGACCUCGAGUUUGAAUACGCUGAUACAGACAAGUGGGCUGCAGAGCUGUCAGAGCUGUACAGUUACACUGAAGGACCAGAGUUUGCUCUCAACAGGAAGUGCUUCGAGGUGGAAUUCAAAACGCACGUUUCGGAUAAGAAGUGGAUAGAGCUUGAUGCGGCUCAGCACAGAGCUCACGCCAUGCGUCUCUUGGACAGUCUGGAGGUGAUCGCCCGGGAGAAGAGGCUGAAGGUUGCCAGAGCUAUUCUUUACCUGGCUCAGGGAACGUUUGCAGAGUGCAGCUCUGAGGCUGAGGUGCAGUACUGGAUGAGAUACAACAUCUUUCUGCUGCUGGACGUGGGGACCUUCUCUGCUUUAGUGGAGCUGCUCAACAUGGAGAUUGAUAACAGCGCCGCCUGUAGUAGUGCUGUCAGGAAACCAGCCAUCUCCCUUGCUGACAGCACCGAUCUCAGAGUGCUGCUUAACAUCAUGUACCUGAUGGUGGAAACGAUACAACAGGACGACCCGGCCGACAAGCCUGAAUGGAAAAUCAUCAGGGAAACCUUCAGAGCAGAGCUGGGCUCUCCUCUGUUCAACAACGAGCCCAUCUCUGUCAUGCUCUUCGGUAUGGUUACCAAGUUCUGCAGCGGCCACGCUCCUCACUUCCCAAUGAAGAAGGUGUUGCUGCUGUUGUGGAAGAGUAUACUGUUCACACUCGGAGGAUUCGAGCAGCUCCAAAGCAUAAAGGUUCAUAAGCGCGAGGAGCUGGGUCUCCCUCCUCUCCCGGAGGACAGCAUUCGGGUCAUUCGCAGCAUGCGGGCGGCUUCUCCUCCCGCGUCUGCCUCCGACCUCAUUGAGCAGCAACAAAAACGCGCACGUCGUGAACACAAGGCGUUGAUCAAACAGGACAACCUCGAUGCCUUCAAUGAAAAGGACCCUUACAAGGCUGACGACUCUCGCGAGGAUGAAGACGACAACGAUGACAACGACAACUCCAUGGAGGCGGAGACUUUCCCUCUAGAGAGGGACGAGGUGAUGCCUCCGCCUAUACCUCACCCUCCGUCAGAGAGAGUGUCCUUCCCCAAAGGACUGCCGUGGGCUCCCAAAGUCAGGGAAAAAGACAUUGAAAAUUUCCUGGAGUCAAGUAGAAGUAAAUUUAUUGGUUACACACUUGGAAAUGACACAGACACAGUUGUUGGCUUGCCCAGGCCGAUUCACGAGAGCAUAAAGACAUUAAAGCAGCACAAGUACGUCUCCAUCGCUGAGAUACAGAUCGCAAAAGAAGAGGAGUUUCAGAAAACCCCUCUGUCUGGGGGUGAAGAGGAGGUGGAGAUGUCCUCCACCGAGCUGCUCUAUCAGGGAAUCCUGCCCAGUUUGCCUCAGUACAUGAUUGCUCUGCUGAAGAUCCUCCUCGCAGCUGCUCCGACUUCCAAAGCCAAGACAGACUCCAUCAACAUCCUGGCGGACGUGCUGCCAGAGGAGAUGCCGACCACAGUGCUGCAAAGCAUGAAACUUGGCGUCGAUGUCAAUCGACACAAAGAGAUCAUCGUGAAGGCCAUUUCUGCCAUCCUGCUGUUGCUCCUGAAACACUUCAAACUCAACCACAUCUACCAGUUUGAGUACAUGGCUCAGCACCUGGUGUUUGCCAACUGCAUCCCGCUCAUUCUGAAGUUCUUCAACCAGAACAUCAUGUCUUACAUCACAGCUAAAAACAGCAUUUCAGUACUCGACUUUCCGUAUUGUGUGGUGCAUGAGCUCCCGGAGUUAACUGCAGAGAGUUUGGAAGCGGGAGACAACAAUCAGUUUUGCUGGAGGAAUCUGUUUUCCUGUAUUAACCUGCUGAGGAUCCUCAACAAGCUCACCAAGUGGAAGCACUCCAGAACGAUGAUGCUGGUGGUGUUUAAGUCCGCUCCCAUCCUGAAGAGGGCGCUCAAGGUCAAGCAGGCCAUGAUGCAGCUGUACGUCCUCAAGCUGCUCAAAGUGCAGACCAAAUACCUGGGACGCCAGUGGAGGAAGAGCAACAUGAAGACCAUGUCUGCCAUCUACCAGAAGGUCCGCCAUCGGCUCAACGAUGACUGGGCGUACGGAAACGAUCUGGAUGCUCGUCCCUGGGACUUCCAGGCCGAGGAGUGCGCUCUGCGGGCCAACAUCGAACGCUUCAACAGCCGGCGUUACGACAAGAGCCACAGCAACCCGGACUUCCUGCCCGUAGACAACUGCCUGCAAAGCGUCCUGGGACAGCGGGUGGACCUGCCCGAGGACUUCCAAAUGAACUACGACCUUUGGCUGGAGCGCGAGGUUUUCUCCAAACCGAUUUCCUGGGAAGAAUUACUCCAGUGAGGCUCAAACUCACUGUCGACGUCACCAUAGAAAGAAAAUAAAACAAUCAGGAGUUCAGACAAACCACCAACAGUGCUCUCACUGAUCGAACACAGAUCACAGCAUUAUGUUACAUGUUCUGCACAGACUGAAGGUGACGGAUGGAAGUCACCCCGGUGUCAACUUUCAAUCAUCAUGCCAACCAAAUGCUUUACUUGACGAACUAUUGAGACUUUUCCCACACUAAUGCCACCCACAGUUUUUUAAAGAAAUGAAUUCAGUGCUAAAUGUUGCUCCACACGUGGACUUAAACUCCUACCUUACACAUACAGGUAUCCGCUUCUUGUGCCUCUUACCUGCUUACAGAAGGUCCGUAAGUUUGACCUUGAAGCACUACAUGACAGUAUGUUCACUCUUGAAUUUUAAAGACUUUUUAUUUGUGCAUUAACUUUUGAGACUGAACAGAAGUGUGUGUGUGUGCACUCUGUUAAGGCAGAGCUCACCACACUUAAGAAGUUAAUAAAUCCAAUAUCCCCUUCUCAUGAGUUUACAUUCUUCAGAUGAAAGGAAUAAUUUCUGUAUGUACAAAUAAAACAUUUAACUUUUUAAUAGAUAUUACCUGAAAGGGAUAAACGUCUGUCAACCUGACUUUCCAUCGGCUUAUAAUUUGAGUUUUAUUUGCAUUAUUCUAACCUGAGUGCUGCCUACACACCUUUUGCUCUGGGACCAUAGAGGCGACUGUUCAGACCUUACCUGACCACCGCCUUGUUUUCUUUUUUUAUUUUAACCUAAAGAAACUCAUUAGCAUCUAGAUUUGUGGAAAAAAAACAAAAAAAAUGGUGUUCACAUAAUUUGGUUGUGUGACAGAAACAUUUAAGUUUCUGGUUUUGGGUCUGUGGUUUUGAACCGAAGCGGGGUAACUCGAUUUAAUUGCCAGUUAAAGAACCGUUUUCCUUUUAGUCUUUUUCUACUCUUCAACUUUGUUUUAUUCUAAAGUUUAAGUGAACAAGAAUACAUGUAAAUUGUGGAACUUAUUUAUCAUGGUUUUGUCUACGUUGACUCAAAUACUGUAAUAAAAUUAUACUGUCACUCGU